AUGCAGCAACUGCCCGCACGACGUCGAGGCGUCACGGGUCAGGUCGGGGGACCCGUGAGAACGGCGCCGUGGUCCAACGUGUUGCGGAGCAACAACUCUUGGAAACCACCUAGGAACACUGCGUCGGAUAUCGUUUCACUAGCCCCAAAAGACUUGGGAAUUACCAACACAGUCAACGAUAUGUCCGGACAACCGCAGUCAGAAGCCGAGCAAAACAUUCAAAUAUGGAAGAUCAAGAAGUUGGUCAAAAGUCUUGAGGCCGCUCGAGGUGCCGGAACUAGUAUGAUCAGCUUGAUCUUACCACCCAAAUCGCAAAUCAGUCAAGCGGCUAAUAUGCUGGCUCAAGAAUAUGGUACAGCCUCCAAUAUCAAAUCCCGGGUGAAUCGGUUGUCUGUUUUGGCGGCUAUUACAUCUACUCAACAAAGACUCAAGCUCUAUAAUCGGAUCCCACCAAACGGUCUAAUUGUCUAUUGUGGAACAAUCCUCACGGAUGAGGGCAAGGAAAAGAAAGUGAACUUCGACUUUGAACCCUUCAAGCCAAUCAACACCUCGCUCUAUCUGUGUGACAACAAGUUCCACACCGAAGCGCUCUCUGAACUAUUGGAAUCGGAUGCCAAGUUUGGGUUCAUCGUCAUGGACGGAAACGGCUCCUUGUUCGGGACACUGGCCGGUAAUACUCGAGAAGUCAUUCACAAGUUUACAGUUGACUUGCCCAAGAAACACGGCCGUGGUGGUCAAUCUGCGCUCCGUUUCGCCCGACUUCGAGAAGAAAAGAGACACAACUACGUCCGUAAGGUGGCCGAAUUCGCUGUCCAACAUUUCAUCACGAAUGACAAAGUCAAUGUCCAAGGAAUCGUGAUGGCCGGUAGUGCGGAUUUCAAAACAGAGCUAAACCAGAGUGACAUGUUCGACCCUCGGUUGGCUGCUAAAGUCAUCAAAGUAGUCGAUGUCAGUUAUGGCGGUGAAAACGGAUUCAAUCAAGCUAUCGAAUUAGCUGCUGAAAGUUUAUCGCAGGUCAAAUUCAUCCAAGAGAAGAAAUUGAUUCAAAAAUAUUUUGACGAAAUCGCACUUGAUACAGGAAAGUAUUGUUUUGGAGUUGAAGAUACCCUCAGAGGUCUAGAACUGGGAGCAGUCGAGACACUAAUCGUCUGGGAGAACCUUGAUAUCACACGUCACACCUUGCGAUCCUCAACAGGAGAAACGAUUAUCAUUCACACAAAUGCGCCCCCACCAACGGCCUCGAACAACACAAGUGCGGGACAAUCUGGAGCGAACAGCGGAGGUACCUCGCUAGCAUUGGCCCAUUUACCCGAAAAGGAGCGAGAGAAAUUUAUCGAUAAGGCUACCGGGCUGGAGAUGGAACAAGCCGCCGAACCUCAAUCUCUACUCGAAUGGUUGGCUGAAAAGUAUCAGGAGUUCGGGGCGGCCUUAGAGUUCGUCACAAAUCGAAGUACCGAAGGUUCUCAAUUUGUCCGCGGUUUCGGUGGGAUCGGCGGGGUCCUGAGAUACAAAGUCGACUUUGGUUUGAUUGCUGAUGCCUUUGAGGAUGGCGAGGAGGGCGAAUUCAUGACAGACUCGGAUGAAUAA